AUGGCUCAUCGCCAGCGGGCUCCAGAAUAUCCUCCUUCUGGAACAGGCGCUCCUGUGGCCGCUCCGAUCGCCGCCAGCCGAGGAGGAGCUGGCGGUCCCUACGCACCCGUAGGGACUACAGCUCUUCCUCACUUUGAAUACUCAGGUCUGGUCUCUUCCAGACCAGCCCCUGGGCAGCUGCGGCCGCCCGGCGCCGCACACGCCCGCAGAGACGCAGGCCGCAGUAAAAGCCGCGGGUGCUUCCAUCUCCGCAGCACCCGGAUGUCAGAAGAGAGAGAUAACACUGCAGUCAAAGAAAAUUUAGACAAGCAUCUCCAAAAAGGUUCUUAUUAUGUUGUCAGAAAGUAUCAUGAACUCUACAUUGUCAGCUUCUUGGUUGAUUUAGGUGCAGAAGAAAAUCAAAGUGUAAAAGAAACUUUGAGGGACAAAGUCAGAGACAAACUAAAAAAUGCUAAGAUUAAUCAAAGUGAGAAAUCUUCAACUAAGGUGUUUAGUGAUAAGGUUACUCAUAGGUCUAAGGUGAGCCCACAGCCCGAAGUCGUACUGGACGAAGGUCUUUCGUUUUUCAUCCUGAGCAGUGAAGAAGAUGCUGCGUUGGGUCAAUCUUCAGAACAGAGAUCAGUAAAUGACAGUUACCCCAAACACUUUUCACUUGGUGAUAGUUCACAAAAUUUUACUGAAGGCCAAGAUGAAGAUUUUAUGAAAGAAGUUAUCUUUCCAGAUUUACUUGAAGUAAAGGCUGCUGAAUAUGAAGAUAAUCAAGAACAGAUUAAAAAACAGCAAGCAAAUAUUUUUGAGCCAAGUAGUUCUCCAGUGAAGUCUGAUCCAGAAGCUUCUACUAGGAGCAAAAUAGAAGGUCAAAGGGAGAUGUAUCAGUUAGAUCUCAAUAUUGUGGGUCUGCAGUUCAGCCAUCAUCCCCUCUUCAAUCAAGAGCAAGUGUUAUGUGCCAGGCUGCUCCAACUUUAUGAGCGCUUUCAGGACAGGCAGCAACAGAAUUUGCCUCAGCUGCUUUAUGAGAAGCUGAAGGCACUGAUAGACACUACCAAAUUAGCAAAUGAAAAUUUGGAAAUGAACCAGUUGAUCAGAAAAUCUUUACAAGAUUAUUAUUGGCAGAUAAGGAUAAAAACAGGUACAUGUGAUGAACAAAAACAAGAACUGUCAGGAAUGUCUGAGACUGAGAAGAAAACUAAAGGAAAAACAUCUCAGAAUGGGGAAAAACAGGAGUACAUGAAGCAUAAAGAAGAGUAUAUUCCAAAGUAUUUUCGUCUGGAACAGUUGCAAGAUGAAUUUAAUUUUGUUUCUGAAGAGGAAAUGAAGAAAAGCAAACGUUUUCAGCUGUUGCAACUUAGAAAUGCAGGUCUCUUUGAUGUAGUCCUACAGCCAAUACCCCUCUAUGACAGAGAGAUUCCAGAUUCAAUCUUCCAGAUGAGGAAGUUGAUAAUGAAAAGAAUUGUCAAAGUUAGCAAAUUUAACUUAGCAGAUAUUGUGGCUGAUUAUGAAGAAAUUGUUUCUACAAGCCAGUUGACACAUGCAGUUUAUAAACUUGUUGAACGGCGAAGAAUGUUAAAGCCUCAGAGAAAAGAAAGGAAAAAAGUGGCAGCACAGACCAUCUGUGAUGGAGACAUUAAGAUUCUUGUCAGAAUUCUAAGGGCUUAUAAUAUUCCUACAAGGAAGAUAGAAGUUGCUAGAUGUGCAGCUGCUACUACCAACUGCACUGUCUUCCGCCACUGGCCACUCUCAGUACCGGAAGUAGAACCCUGGAGAACACAGAACACGGGGUCUGUUUGA